AUGAGAGCUGGAGGCUGCACGGUGGAGCAAGCCCUCACGCCUGAGGCUGCAAACGUGGUGAAGCAAGCCAUGGUCUUAGCUAAAAGGAGAGGACAUGCUCAAGUCACACCUCUCCAUGUGGCUAGCACCAUGCUCUCUGCUCCCACUGGCUUACUCAGAACAGCUUGCCUCCAAUCUCACACGCACCCUCUUCAAUGCAGAGCCCUAGAGCUCUGCCUCAACGUGUCUCUAAACCGUCUCCCGACCUCCACAGGGAGUCCUAUGUUAGGGGUUCCAACGUCCCCUUUCCCUUCUAUCUCUAACGCUCUCGGUGCCGCUUUCAAACGCGCGCAGGCUCACCAGAGACGUGGAUCAAGCGAGGGCCAGCAGCAACCGAUUAUAGCAGUCAAGAUUGAAGUGGAGCAGCUCAUAAUAUCCAUUCUCGAUGAUCCUAGCGUUAGUAGAGUGAUGAGAGAGGCUGGUUUCUCGAGUCCUCAAGUCAAAAGCAAGGUCGAACAAGCUGUUUCUUUAGAGGUUUGCUCCAAAACAAUUUCUUCGAACAAACUCAUGUUAACUCCAGCCAGUAACGAGGAUGUCAUGACCGUUAUAGACAGUCUAGUCGAUAAAAAGAGAAGAAACUUUGUGAUCGUGGGAGAGUGUUUAGCCACUGCUGACAAAGUUGUGAGAGCAGUGAUGGAGAAAGUUGACAAAAAGGAUGUGCCCGAAGCUUUAAAAGACGUGAAGUUUAUAACUUUGUCGUUCUCAUCGUUAGGACAACCAAGUAGAUUAGACGUGGACCGUAAGCUAGAGGAGUUGAAGACACUCGUGAAGAGCUGUGUCGGAAAAGGAGUGAUUCUAAAUCUUGGAGAUCUAAACUGGUUCGUAGAGUCUAGAACAAAUAAUAGCAACAACUACGGUGUUGUGGAGCAUAUGGUAAUGGAGAUUGGGAAGCUGGCUCGUGGUUUCCUCACGGGAGAGCAUGGAAGGUUUUGGUUAUUAGGUCUUUCAAAUUCAGAGACUUACGUGAGAUGCAAGUUUGGUCAACCCUCGCUUGAGUCCCUUUGGUGUCUCACUACUCUCACGAUUCCGACAACUAGUAGUAGCCUCCGCUUGAGUCUCGUCUCCGACAGUGAGCUUGAAGUCAAGGAAUCAGAGAACUUACCCCUACAGCUGCAUGGAUUAGAGGAGCAGCUAAACUUAUGUGAGGAAUGUUCUGUCAAGUUUGAAGCUGAAGCUCGGUUCUUGCAAUGCAACAAUAAAAUUGUAACCUCUCCAGGUUUACCGGCGUGGCUUCAACAACACAAGAAGGAUAAUCAAAAUAGUCACACUGAUUCAGAUUCUUUAAACGGACUUGUAGUUAAGUGGAGCACAAUCUGUGAUUCAAAUCACAAGAAACCAUCUCUAGAAACACUCACACUCUCUUCCCCUACUUCUUCAUUUUCUAGUUUCAUUCAACCUUUGAGCACUCUCCACCAUCUUGAUUGGCCCGUGAUCGAGACAAACAAGUAUCGUCCUCAAGAUUCUGUGACCCCUGAUGCAUCCCACUUAAGACUGUUUAUUCCAGAACAUGAUGAGCAAAAAACGAUGAUCUCAGCAGCUUCUUUGAGCGAUGGAAUGGAGGUGGAACAUGCCUCUUCCAGGUUUAAAGAGAUGAAGGCUGAAAACCUAGCAACAAUAUGUGAUGUCUUGCAUAGCAAGGUACCAUGGCAGGAGGAUAUAAUCUCAGAGAUUGCAAAAACAGUCUUGAAAUGCAGGUCAGGAUCUACUACAAGAAAGAUCAACGGAAACAAUGAUAUAAAAGAAGAUACAUGGAUGUUAUUUCAAGGUCUUGAUGUAGAAGCUAAAGAGAAGAUCGCUAGAGAGUUAGCUAAACUCGUGUUCGGAUCCAAUGACAGCUUUGUCUCAAUCUGUUUAAGCAGUUUCUCAUCUAAAAGAUCAGACUCCACAGAAGAUGUGAGGAACAAGAGGUCGAGAGAUGAACAUAACUGGAGUUAUAUUGAGAGAUUCUCUGAAGCUGUUUCGUCUGAUCCAAAGAGAGUGUUCUUGGUGGAAGAUGUAGAGCAAGCUGAUUAUUUGUCUCAAAUGGGGUUCAAGAGAGCUAUUGAGAGAGGAAGAGUUUGUAACUCGAGUGGUGAAGAAGCAUCUCUUAGAGAUGCGAUUGUGAUCUUGAGUUGUGAAAGAUUCAGCUCAAGAUCAAGAGCUUGUUCCCCUGCGGUUAAUCAGAAAUCGGACGGUUCAGAUCAAUCUGAGGACAAGAACGUCGUUACUUGCGUCGCAUUCGAUCUUAACCUAUCUCUUGACGAUGACGAUUGUGAUGAGAUUGGCUUGCUUGAAGCUGUGGAUGCACGGUUUCAUUUUGAGUGUUCAUCAACAUGACGGUCAUGCAUAUGUGCAUGCAACGUAGUCCAUUUUAUGAACAUGAUCAUCGAUUUACAUCAUUCGUUAUUUGUUUUUGAGACAAUACUUUGUGGGUUAACCGUGUACUUUCUACAACUUUUUUUUACUUGGCUAGGAACUUUUUAGAAGCUGCAGAAAUUAUGAUUCUAAAGGUAACAAUGACCAAUUUUUACUUGGCUACAACAUUUUAUGAACUUCGUUUUUACCUGA